GUUGCAAAAUAAAAGCGCUGAGGGCCAAGACGAACACGUACAUUAAGACCCCCGUGCGUGGAGAAGAGCCCAUCUUUGUGGUCACGGGGCGAAAAGAGGACGUGGCCAUGGCCAAAAGGGAAAUUCUCUCCGCUGCUGAGCACUUCUCCAUGAUCAGGGCCUCGCGCAACAAGAACGGCCCGGCCCUGGCGGGGCUGCCCUGCUCUCCCAACCUGCCGGGGCAGACCACGGUGCAGGUGAGGGUGCCUUACCGCGUGGUGGGGCUCGUGGUGGGCCCCAAAGGAGCCACGAUCAAGAGGAUUCAGCAGCAGACGCACACCUACAUCGUGACGCCCAGCAGGGACAAGGAGCCCGUCUUCGAGGUGACGGGGAUGCCCGAGAACGUCGAUCGCGCCCGCGAGGAGAUCGAGAUGCACAUAGCCAUGCGCACGGGCAACUACAUCGAGCUCAACGAGGAGAACGACUUCCACUACAACGGCACCGACGUGAGCUUCGAAGGGGGCACGCUGGGAUCCGCCUGGCUUGCCUCCAACCCGGUCCCUCCCAGCCACGCCAGAAUGAUUUCCAAUUACAGAAACGAUAGCUCCAGCUCCUUGGGAAGCGGCUCCACAGAUUCCUAUUUCGGAAGCAAUAGAUUGGCUGACUUCAGCCCUACAAGCCCGUUCAGCACAGGCAACUUUUGGUUCGGAGAAACGCUGCCUGGGGUGGGCGCGGAAGACCUGGCCGCCCUGGCCGUCGACUCUCCCGCGUACGACUCCCUACCGACGCCUUCCCAAGCCAUUUGGACCCCUUUCGAGCCCGUGAACCCGCUCUCCGGCUUCGACCCCACCGGUAGCAUCCAACCUCAGCGCAGAGGGAGCCAGCCGUCUCCCCCUCGCCUGUCUCCGACGUUUCCCGAGAGCCUGGAUCACCCGCUGGCCCGGAGAGCGCGGAGCGACCCGCCGGGCGCAGGGAACCACGCCGGCCUUCCCAUCUACAUCCCUGCUUUUUCCAACGGUACCAACAGCUACUCCUCCUCCACUGACGGGCUCAGACACUCCAACGGCGGCUCCACGUCCAGCUCGCCGCCGGAGUCGCGGCGCAAACACGACUGCGUCGUCUGCUUCGAGAGCGAAGUCGUGGCCGCCCUCGUCCCCUGCGGCCACAACCUCUUCUGCAUGGAAUGUGCCAACAAGAUCUGUGAAAAAGAAUUGCCAUCGUGUCCCGUUUGCCAGACAGCUGUUACUCAGGCAAUCCAAAUUCACUCUUAAAUAUAUAGAGAUAUUAUUAUAUAUGGAACUUUGAAAACUCUUAAAGGCAUGGGUGUAAUGGUACCCUCUAGUAAACUUCCUAAUGAAUUCUGACUGUUGGGCUUUCUUGGGAUUAGGCUGAAGUUGUCAAUAAAUUUAUACUUUCUGAGUAGAAAGGCUGCUAUGGUAACACUAAGCCUGGGUGGUCU